AUGGAUGCUGAGCCUCCUUUCGAAGUGACACUGCAGCUAAGCCUUCCGAACAUGCCGGACGUCACGACGCACUUGCAUCUUCGUCAUGCGGAGUGGAACCACGAACCUUUACUUCGAAAGGAUUUUCUUGUUACAAGAGAAUGUCACUGGGACCCCAACAGCUGGGAGAACACGCCGGACGUGAUCUGCAAAUCUGAAGCUGCAGAGGUUUUGGAGACAGUGCAGGAUUGCCAGAUUGAGUUUUUGGGUUUGGCUGAAGAGGCCUAUGGAAACAUUUCAGUCACGUGCCGCAAGCUGCUCCCGGGAACGGAUCAGAAUUUUGAGAGGCUGCUGCAAAACGAAAGCCUUAUUCAUGCAAAGGAGAACACCGAGUUGCAUGGCCAGGUUGUGUUGGCCCAUACGGUGGAGGAAGCGCAAGAAGCGGCCAGGCAAAGUGCAAGAGCUGUGGUGCUUCUGUCUGAGAAUACUGAGGGCUUGCCUAGAAGUCUGCCCACCUUCCUUGUUGACUUGGAGCGCCGUCCAGCAUUUCUUCCAAGUGGGACCAGGAUCCUCAAGUACUCGCCCAAGCUGCCGGAGGCCUGGUCACGUUUUUCCAAAGGUUUUGACUUCUUCCAGGAGGUGCACCUUUACCUUUCCGGAGAAGAGCCAUGGCUCAGCACACGGCACCGUGUCUACGAGAUGAUCAAGGCUGUGUCUCUUGAAGGCCUGGACGGCGCUGCGUCUGAAACGCUGCAGCGACUCCGCAAAGCCUUGCGAAUCUCUGUGACGAAGCCGGCGAAGUCGCUCUUCGAGCAGAUUGAUGGGGCAACUGAGCAGGAGGUUUUGCAGUGCUUCAAAUUGUCUGACACCAGCCAAGUCUCGCAAGAUGCGCGGCGCUUGCACGAGGCUUCCCAAUGCUUUCCUUUGAUGUGGGACAAAGUCCAAAUGGCUGGGCCUCCUUAUCCUCAAGUCUGGGAUGGCGGCAUGCGUUUCAGCGAGUUGCCAGAUAUUCAGGCUUGGGAUGCUUUCCAAGUGCACCCAGUGUGCGCUCGCUUAAGUCUGGCUUUUAUGGCUGCGGAGAUGUCACGAGCCCCCUACCCGAACAUUACUGGUGACGGCUGGAGCGUGAGCGCUUUUUGGGACUCAGCCUUUAAGGCAAAUCCUUGGUGGCUUCAGCAGCACUUGGUGGACUACUGCCUUCAACCAGACACUGCGGUUUGUACCUCCUUUACUGUCUGUUGGGGCAUGCUCUUGCGCCAUGUGACCAAGCUGAUCCACCCCUUCUGUGACGAGAAGGCGCGACGGUUUCCCGAGAUGCCAGUGCCGGAGGAGGAGUUCCGCGCGAAAUUGGGUUGUGGCAGGUUAGCUGAGGUGUGGCUUCUUCUCUCGGAUCCGAAGCUGCGUGCCGGCAUCCAGGUACCCAGUCCCGAGCGGAUUGCUGAGGAGCUUUUGAUCGGCUCCUUGGCCGCGGGGGCUGCAGAUGUGCAGGUUGAGCUGCAGGAGUCCUCCCUGGGUGCUGCCCUGACCGUGCGCGAUGAUGGUGCGGGGCGGGGUCUGGAGGUGCUUGGCCAACUGGGGGAGGGCGAUGCGCUCUCCGCAGUGUGUGCUCGCUGUGGCCAAGUUGUCGUGCGAACCAAGGUCGCAGGGCAGGGGACUAUGUGCAAGAUCUUUGAAGAUGGGAAGGUGACCUACCUUGGCCCGUCCAGUAGCCCGCAUGGAGGUCCAGGCACCACCAUCCGAGUGGAGGGCCUUGGGAAGCUAAGGCAAGUUGAGGUCGCCUCGCUUCGGCGCCGCUUAGAGCGCCAGGUCUUGGUGCGGCCACGGGUGUCACUUCGUCUGCGCUGCCCUGGCAAAGAGGGAGACGCCUUGGACUUGGAAGCUGAGCCUGCCAUGGCAAGAUUGGAGCAUGUGCUGGGCUUUGGCUGCACUCGUGCUCUGUGCAGGGUGCAUUCCUCCCCAGCAAAUUCCACCUGCGCACUGGAAGGCGUUGUAUCUAGCCUGGAUGAUCCGCAAAGUACGGACCAGUUCAUGUACCUUUAUGUGAAUGGUCGCUAUGUUGAGUCCACUCCCAUCCACGAGUCAGUCGUCCGUCUAUAUGCAGCUGCAAGUCUUCAGAUGCAAGGAGGAAAGGGCCCCGCCUCGGUGAGCUCAGUGGCCGCCGGAGGAGCCUGGCCGUUGUUUGUCCUCAACUUCCAGUGCCCUGAUCAUUGGGUCGACUGGGCAAUCAUGCCGGAUCGGUCUGUCAUACAGUUCAGCAACUGGAGGCAGCCACUGCGCUUCAUCCAUACCUGCCUCCGUCACGUGUGGCUAGGGCGCCAGUGCGGCCAGGAAGCACUCGGCUCAGCCGCUCAAAGGUCCUGCUCUGCCCCAAUGAGAGUCGUCUCGCAUCCCUCCAGCCCUGAGAAGCCUCCUGCCAAGAGGCGCCGUGAUUUUACUGACCAGGUGUCCCUCUUGGCCCACAGGAUUGCCAAUGCUCAUAUGGCCGGGGUGCACAGUGGCCGUGGUGGCAGGAAUGUGCUCGCUGCCUGA